GUCAUAACAAAAACAUGUGCAUGUAAAAAACGCAAUAUUUUAAUUUUCGACUUAUAUAAAUAUACAAAAACGGAUAAAAAUGGGUAAAAAUAAUAAAAAGAAUAAUGUUUUUAAAGUUGCUGGUGCUAAAAGUUUUAAAUCAAAGGCGAAAGCGAAAUCAGUAAAAACAGAUUUAAAAAAUAUAAAUAAUAUUAAAAAUAAAAAGCAAGAAGUUGAUAAAUUAUUGACAGAAUUGCAAGAUAAAGUUAGGAAAAUUGAUACCGUACCUGAAAAAAGUACUGUAAAUAAAACAAAAUUAAAAAUUAAAUCCAAAGAAGAUGUAGAAAAAGAAAAAAAAUCUAUAGAAACAUUAGAUAGUAUGAAUGCAAUGUCAGUAUCAUAAAUAAAUAAAUUCUUAUAUUUAA